CGCGUCACAUGGCAGAGGGAGGGUGCAGCCACCACGUCACGACUGAUCUCGAACCACUGCGCUGCCAAAAUGCAAAUAAACAAUUAUUUCGAGUUUUAGAUAUCUAAGUAUUUUUUUUUUUUACCUGUAGAUUUUUGUGUUAUAUGAAAGCAACCUAGAAGAUCUGGAACGAAACCAUUUGGACUUCUAAAGCCAGAAACAACUUCUAAAAGCCAGGCUUUUGUGACAGCUGUCAUCGCAGUUGGUUUCAUUAUCAGGAUGCAACUGUUGAUAAGACUGAGGCGGAUGGCAGUAGAGGGUCAGGGUGGAGUGUCAUGUUGAAGCAGCUUUUCCACAUACUGCUGGUGUUGACCUGUCUUCACCCUUCACCUCACCUCCCUCCCCACAUCAGCUAACUCCAGCUGCAUUCAGUCUCCACCCUCUUCCACCGCUUGGCCAGGAGAAAGGUCCUUGGUCCUUGUGGAAAAUGUCCUAUGCAUAUCAGAACCUGUUCAGCUGGAGUCGACCUCGAUUGACACAGCCACAUCUCCUCUUCCUAUCACUGGGCUUCUUGUGCUGCUUAGUUGCUCCCGCAGGUGUAUCUGCUGAGAUCUGCAGGGUGACGGGGGGAGUGUUGGGGAUCCACUGGAGCAGCGUGGUCGAUUUAGGCUGGCGCCCCCUGGCCGUGGGGAGGGGCAGCGCCAGCUGCUGGGAAUCCUGCUGCCUGGAGCCAGCCUGCAACGCUGUCUGGAGCCUGGGGGGGCACUGUGUGCUGCUGAACUGCUCCAACAGAGGAGUCUGUGACGUCACAUCUCUCCCCCAGCCCCACAUUGAGUCCCUGGGGCUCCUGCAGCUAUUUUCAAAGGGGACUACCACAGCUCGGAGGAGAAGGCUCAGGCGGGCACAAACAGGAAAGGGAAGUGAAGCCGUAAGCCAGAAACAUGGGUCGGACCACCAACAUUCUGGCGCUGGAGUUUCCAAGGAUGCAGAGCAUCCGUCUCCAACUGUCGACGGCACCAGCGGAGUAGCUUUCCCUCAAACAUCUGAUAGGAAUCACAGCCAGCUAACUAAUGGAAGUGGAGAAGAGCCAUCACCCUCAGAGCAGAACUCUAAAUCAGAGGACAACAUAGACCCAGUGUUUUCCAACAGCAGCUCUGUGCUUCCCACUACUGCUCCUACAAUCACUACAUCCCCAACCCAGGCUGUCCGGGAAUUGGUGGUGUCGGCAGGCGUGAGUGUGGAGGUCACGCUGCCGCGCAACGAGGUAGAACUCAACGCCUUUGUGGUGCCAGCGCCCCAGCCAGGGACCGACUAUGCGUUUGACUGGCUCUUGAGAACUCAUCCCAAAGACUACAGUGGAGAGAUGGAGGGGAAACACAGCAAGACGCUCAAACUCAGCAAGCUGACGGUGGGACUGUAUGAGUUUGAGGUGACAGUGGAUGGUGACGGAGCACACGGAGAGGGCUAUGUCAACGUGACAGUCAAACCAGAGCCACGGGUAAACAAGCUCCCCGUCGCUGUGGUUUCCCCAAAGUUCCAGGAGAUAUCCUUGCCAACCAGCUCCACCGUGAUCGACGGCAGCCAGAGCACAGACGAUGACAAGGUGGUGGCGUGGCACUGGGAGGAGGUGAAGGGCCCGCUGAGGGAGGAGAAGGUCUCUGCAGACACCCAAAUCCUCACCCUCACCGGCCUGGUCCCAGGGAACUACACAUUCAGUCUGACUGUUACGGACUCGGACGGGGCCCAGAGCUCCACCCAGGCCACGCUGUCGGUCAACAAGGCCGUGGACUACCGGCCGGUGGCCAACGCCGGACCCAACCAGGUCAUCACGCUACCGCGCAACUCUGUCACACUGCAUGGCAACCAGAGCACGGACGACCACGAGCCGCUGGCCUACGAGUGGUCGCUCAGCCCCGAGAGCAAGGGCAAGGUGGUGGAGAUGCAGGGCGUUCGGACUCCCACUCUGCAGCUGUCUGCCAUGCAGGAAGGAGACUACACCUUCCAGCUCACUGUCACAGACACAGCCGGACAGCAGGACACGGCACGGGUCACUGUUAUCGUCCAGCCAGAGAACAAUAAGCCCCCAGUAGCAGACGCCGGUCCAGAGAAGGAGCUGACCCUGCCUGUGGACCGCACCACUCUGGACGGCAGCAAGAGCACGGACGACCAGAAUAUCUCCGCCUACCACUGGAAACAGAGCAAGGGUCCGGACGGAGUGAAGAUCGAGAACGCCGAUGGCGCCGUUGCCACGGUGACGGGGCUGCAGGUGGGCGAGUACGAGUUCAGUCUGACCGUGACGGACGAGAGGAAGCUGGCGAGCACCGACACGGUCACGGUCAUCGUCCGAGAGGAGUUAGACCAACCCCCAGUAGCCCAUGUCCAGUCCAGCCCAGCCAUCUCUCUUCCCCUGCGGACUGCAGCCCUGGACGGCUCCCACUCCACAGACGACAAGGGUGGAGUGGGCUACUUGUGGACCCGUGAUGACAGUAGUCCUGCAGCAGGGAACGUACUGAACAACUCUGACCACCAGGCGGUGCUGUUUCUCACUAACCUGGUGGAGGGAAAGUACAGCUUCACUCUGACUGUGACUGAUAGCAAGGGCCAGAGCAGCUCAGACAGAGGGACUGUAGAGGUCAAACCAGACGUGUGGCAGCGUGACCUGGUGGAGCUGGUGCUGGAGGUGUCUGUGUCCCAGGUGUCCCACCGCCAGAGAGACAUGCUGCUCAGACAGGUGGGCGUGCUGCUGGGCGUGCUCGACAGUGACAUCAUCGUACGGGAAGUCAGCGCCUUCAACGAGCACAGUACUCGACUGGUGUUCUUGGUGUCUGGGGGUCCGGGUCGCCCCCCUCUGUCAGGUCACAGUGUGGCUCUGGGGCUGCGCAACAAGUUACGCAAACAGAAGAACGACUUCCUCAUCUUCAAGGCACGGCGGGUGGACACAGUCAUCUGCCAGCUGAACUGCUCCAGUCACGGGGAUUGCGACUCAUUCACGCGGACCUGCGUCUGCCACCCCUUCUGGAUGGAGAAUUUCAUCAAAGGACAGCUGUGGGACCAAGAGAGCAACUGUGAAUGGAGUGUGCUGUAUGUGACCAUAGCAUCCUUCAUGAUCGUGGUUGCCAUCGCGACCUUUGUCUGGGGUAUGGUGUGUUGUUGCCGCGGGGGUAAGGGUAAAAUGCGCCACAAGAGCAAAAGCCGCUAUAAGAUGCUUAAUGGCGAAGAGCAGGACGGACUGGCGCUACACCCCCCCCGAGCUGGCCGAAUGAAGCCGGCCCCUGCCCCCUCGUCCUCAGCCCUCAUGCGCUCUGACUCGGACUUGGACAGUGACGACGGCCAGGGAGGGGUCCCAUGGACAGACAGGGAACAAGGACACCUCCUCCGACCCCACAACGGCACCCUGGAAAACGGCCAGGGCCCCAAGAGGAGCAAAAAGCAAAGAGAGGAGCUGCUAUAGCAACAGAGGGUGGUGGAACACCCCUCCCCACCCCUAAACCCUCACCACCCACUCUCUUUCGCUCUUUUCCACCACACAAACCGUACACCUCUCCACCCAUAGGACACUCAAGACAUAUGGGUCCUGGAGAAUGAGAGAAAACCCUGUUGGGCACAGGGUCAAGCCUCCCACCCACACACCCUUGUAUUUAAACUUCCCUUCGCCCACACUGAGCCAAGAUUAAGGAAAUUAGGUUUAACCUUUGAGAAGGACAGACCAUUUAAUGGAAAAAUGUGUGGGGGGGGUUGAUAGGGGAACAAAUGGUCAGAAUGUCAAGUUGAGUGCUGUUCACCCCUGAGACACUGAGAAAGUACCCCCCCCCCAGGAAAAAACGGGAGACUGCUAGUGAAGACUAGCCUGAAUGUUCCUACUCUACUCUGACAGGUUACAAAAUGGUUGACAAGUGACUUGUCUAGAUGAAAACAAAUCUAGAUAUCUGUGCAUGAGAGCACAGUUGCAGUCAUGAUAUGUAUUCAUGUUUGAAUGGUGGUUAGGUCUGCAUGAGUUGUGUGUGCCUGAAUGUGUCUAAAAAUCGAAAUAUGUGCGCUUUUGGUAAUUGUGCCAAAAUGUCGUUUCAGAAAAGCGUUGAGUGUUUGACACUUAACCAGCAUUGAGAGUCGAAACUGCUUUUGUUGCUGUCAGCCAUGCUGGUCAGAGUCAGAGGAUCCUGGGAAAUGCUGUUUUUUGAGAGCCAUGCCUCAUACUGUAUGAACUCACUGGAUGACACACUGGACUACACAACAUUGACGCCCCCACCCCUAUUACUGUGUCCCUGGGAGAUGAUGAAGACACCAAUGACACGUGGGGAAGAAAGGGGCAAUGGUUCCUACUCACCUCAGAUACUAACGACUGUUCGAACCUGGAAGACCACUUAACGUCUUGUCUGUUUUUAAGAUUUAUUUUGGCCGACCAUUUUUAUCCUGACGCACUUUGUUUUUCACGCUCACAAUGGCUAUGUCUGUCUGCAUCUUCACUGCUCUCACAGGCUGCUAACUGAACAAGUGCUGAUCCACACAUGUUGAUCAGAUUAGCAAUUUAUUCAGUUCAGCUGUAGAUACAGAGCGGUGGGAUUCUCCAUUGCCCGACACGUACCUCCUCCAAACUUGAGUGGUGUUGUCACUUUGCAUGAAGAUUACUGUGAACCUGACCCUUCAGUAUGACUUUAGAGAUACUUUUUUUGGUUGUUGAAUGUUUAAGAGGAAAGCCCCCGAUCUAAUCGGAGGAACCCUCUGUGAAAUAAGCAAUCUUUUUUUUUUUUACCAAACCUUUCUCAGUGCAAAGUCAUCUCAUGCUAUUCCUCCAAUGCGCUAGUCGAAUUGGCAGCAUUCUGGGAGUCCACUGUGGCGGCAGAGAGGGCGCAGCCACAAAAUGAAAGGGAUUCUGUGUUCAUUUAAUUGUUAAAUAACGAUCCUUUUAGUGAAGGAUUCUCCUCACUAUGUGACCAGACCUUAUGAAACUGGAUUAUCUGUAAAUUAAAAUCAAAUCUGUUUUA